UAUCCUGCAGAGUCGCCUUGGGAACCUCCCGGAGCCGUCUCAGAGGCUGCUUCCGGGCCCGAUUGGGCGGUAGGAGUUAAGCUUUCAUGGCUCUGCCGCCUUUCCCCGGCCGCUUCGCCCCCGUCUGCCCGGUCCCGCCGCCGCCGCCGCCGCCUCCUCCUCCCCCUCCCGCUCCUUUCCGAUGUCUCCCCUUUGGGCCGCCCCCACCUCCCCAAACCUUUCCGCCUCCACCGCUACCUCCGCGGCUGGGCCCCUUCCUGGGGACUCCAGGCCCUAAUGCGGGCCCUUUCCUACCACCCCCGAUCCCGCCGCCCCCGAUCCCGCCACCGCCUCCUCCACCCCAGUGUAGGCCUUUUCCGGGGCUCGAGGGUGGGGAACGGCUUCCGCAACCCUCCCCAACACCUCCGUGGGCCCAGCGUUGGCCAGAGGCCCCACCGCCCGAUGGGCUCGGGGACACGGCCCUGCAGCGCCAACGUGACCGCCAGUGGCUGGAGGCCGUCUUCGCAGCCCCACGGCGUGCAAACGGCCCGCCGGCCUCUGGGGCAGUGGCGGCGACCUCUCCGCCGGGCCCCAGCCUCGGAGAGCUCCGGGGCCGGCUGCGCGGAGCUCUGCGUUUGGUGAACCAGCUGCGCGGCCUGUGCCGGGCCCUACGAGAAGCCGAGGCCGACGGCGAGGCCUGGGGACGGCUACACCAACAGGCGGCCCCGUUGCGGGAGCAGCUGCGCGGGGACCUGGAGCUCCUGAAGCAGCCUGCCUACGUGGGCGCGGCGCGGAGGAAGCUGGAGCGCGUCCGGCGGCGGCGUCAGCGGCUCCGGGAGAGGGCCCGCGAGCGCGAGGCAGAGCGCGAAGCGGCCCAAGCCCGGGCGGCGGAGCGCGAGGAGGAGAUCGACCGCUGGAGGAACAAGUGUGUGCAGGAGGUGGAGGAGAAGGCCCGGGAACAAGAACUCAAAGUUGCUGCUGAUGGUGUUUUAUCAGAAGUGAGGAAAAAGCAAGCAGAUACCAAAAGAAUGGUAGAUAUUCUUCGAGCCUUAGAGAAACUGAGGAAACUAAGAAAAGAGGCUGCAGCUAGGAAAGGUGUUUGUCCUCCUGCCUCAGCAGAUGAAGCUUUUGAACAUCAUGUAGAGAGACUGAGAAAAUUAAUCAAAAAACGCACAGAACUGUAUGAAGCUGAAGAAAGGGCCCUGCGAGUUAUGUUGGAAGGAGAACAAGAGGAAGAAAGAAAAAGAGAAUUAGAAAGGAAACAGAAAAAAGAAAAAGAGAAGAUCUUACAUCAAAAAAAAGAAAUUAAUUCCAAAUUAUUUGGGGAUCCAGAUGAAUUUCCACUUAGUCAUCUCCUACAGCCCUUUAGACAGUAUUAUCUACAAGCAGAACAUUCCUUACCAGCUCUCAUUCAGAUCAGGCAUGAAUGGGAUCAGUAUUUGGUACCAGCCGAUCAUCCUGAUGCAACCUCGGUCCCUCAAGGAUGGGUCAUUCCUACUCUCCCCAGCAGUGACACCUGGGCAGCUGCACUCAGACUAAAUCAAUGAAGAUGAUCUCAGGAACACUCUUGUGUCUCUCUUCAGACUAAAUUAGGACAGAAUCUCCGCUCUCUUUGGCAGCACUGAGUGAAAGUUAUAUUUUCAUGAUGCAGAUUCUUGUGCUACAGGAACCUUUUGAAUCAGUAAAUUAAUACUAUUCUUCAGGAAAGGAUAAAGGGCAAGAAGGAAGGGAUGCAAAUUGUGCUCUUACUGUAUAGAAUGUCUUUUGUUGUUGCACUUUUAAACUUAAUUUGCCCUUAUUUUGAGGGGGUUGAUUAUAUGUAACUUCUCUUUAUGCAAUGUAUGUGAGGAUGUUCAUGUGUACAAACAAAAAAUCCAGGUAUGCUCUGUUGGACUUUCCUGAAAGAUCAGGGGGAAAAAAACCAGCUGAUCUUUCCUAAAAAUGGAGGGUUUUGAGUGAAUGUUAAAGCUAAAUCUCUCAUUCUCUUCAUCUAAAGUCAUAAGGCCUAGGUUGGUACUUUCUUUAUAAAGCAAAAAUGACACAAUCUUAGCUGGAAUGAAGACUGCACAUUUAAAAACAGAUCAAAGUACUGGUGAGAACAGUCCUUAAGUCUCCCUCUUGCCAGCUUUUCCCAACUAUAAUUUUGUAGCUUCAUUAUCAAUGACUACUACUUGUAUUCAAAUAAGAGAAAACAUAUUGGUGCUUUUUAGCUAGUUCCAGCUGGGGACAGGUCACCUAUGUCUUUCAUAUAUUGGAUCUUUUGAUCUGAGCUUUGUUCUUCAGGAAGCUUGAACAAAAUGUUGAAUACCUCUUUCUACAGAUUGUAUGGAUCUGCCUUAAUUGUAGAGUCAUGUCUCUUUUGCAAAUUGAAAAAACUAAUGUAAAUACAUUUCUAUAGAGAGGUUGGAAGGCUCAGCAUAGCAUCUUCAUUGAUAAAGAUACUAGUUUGCUCCUGGCACAGACUUUCUAACCUAAAACUGUUAUACAUUGGAGGAAAUAUACAACUAUAUUAUAAAGUAGAUCUUAAAUUGUUUACUUUUUGUUAGCUCAUCAAUUAUAGAUGAGACAUUUGUUGAAAUGUUGCUUAUGUUCCAUAGGGAACUGUUAAGGAAAUUCUAUAUAUGGAAUAGAAUAGAGAACAGAUUUUUACACAGAGUAAAAUUUGUUUUUAUCAAUGAAAUGUUUUUCUUCUAGAUACUCAGUACUGUAAAAUGAGAGUUUACACAUGCUUUAUGCCAGAUGGUCUAAAAUUAAUUUAUAUUUUUAUAAAGCUAAAUAAACAUCAUUUUAUUUUUUAAA